AUGAAUUCAGCGAAGGAAAAUGUGGAGCAGGUUGAAUGGACCCCGAAUUCCAGGGUUCCAUUUUUGGAGCUGGCUACAACAUUCGAAAAGAUUGAAAGUGAGAGCAAGCGAACGAAAAUCGUCGAUGUUCUCGCAGGUUUUUUCACCAAAGUAAUAGAAUACUCUCCGGAUGACUUGCUGAGCUGUGUAUAUCUGUGUGUAAACAAGUUGGGUCCCGCUUAUGAGGGCAUUGAACUUGGAAUUGCCGAGCACACCAUAAUCAAGGCAGUCGCGCAAGCUACUGGGAGGACAGUGGCUAGUGUGAAAGCAGACAUGCAGAAGAAGGGCGAUCUCGGCAUCGUUGCCCAACAGUCGCGUCAAAAUCAGAGGUCACUCGGCAGUACUUUUGGGUUCCGAUCAAAGCCCCACAGUGUGCAAAGUAUUUUCCAGAAAUUAACCGAAAUCGCUAAGCUCACUGGAGCAGCCUCGAUGAAUAAGAAAGUUGAACUGAUAAAAGGUCUCGUAGUGACUUGCCGAGGACCGGAGACGCGUUACCUCGUUCGAGCCCUGGGUGGGAAGCUUCGAAUAGGACUUGCUGAACAAAGCGUUCUCGUUGCGUUAGCAAACGCUUUUACUUCAUCUCAUAUCAAGAGCAAAGGUCUGGAACUGUCACCUUCGAAGCUGGAAGAACUUAAAAGCGAACAUGUUUUACUGCUGAAAACGGCAUACUGUCAGUGCCCGAACUACGAGAAAAUGAUUUCUGUAGCGUUCUCAGACGGCAUCGAGGGCGUUAAAGAGAAGUGCCAACUCACGCCAGGCGUCCCUCUUAAGCCUAUGCUUGCUCACCCAACAAAAGGAAUUGGUGAAAUUAUGGCGAGAUUCGGGGAAGCGGAAUUCGCUUGCGAAUGGAAGUAUGACGGGGAACGUGGGCAGAUUCAUAUGACGGAUUCCGGUGCAGUCUACGUAUACAGUCGUAACCAAGAGAACAACACUACCAAAUACCCAGAUAUCACCGACAAGAUUCGGACCUGUGCAAAACCUGACGUGUCCUCCUUUAUUGCGGAUGCCGAAAUAGUCGCCUGGAAUGCUGAUACUAAAUCAAUCCUUCCGUUCCAAGUUCUCACUACCAGGAAACGAAAGAAUGCGGAUGACGGUAACAUCAAAGUGAAGGUUUGUGUAUUCCUGUUCGACCUGCUCUACAUCAAUGGUGAACCACUUGUUACAAAACCUUUUCGCGAACGGCGAUCGAUACUGCAGAAAAACUUCACGGAAAUGGAAGGACAGUUCACUUUUGCAAAAAGCCUCGACUCGACUAACACUGAUGAAGUGAACGAGUUUUUCGAGGAAGCAAUCAAGGGGAACUGCGAAGGCCUCAUGAUCAAAACGCUUGACGAGAACGCUACUUAUGAAAUAGCCAAGAGAUCGCACAAUUGGUUAAAGUUGAAGAAGGAUUAUUUGGAUGGGAUUGGAGACACCUUAGAUCUUACUGUCAUUGGUGCAUAUUUUGGGACAGGAAAACGUACCGGUGUAUACGGUGGCUAUCUACUUGCGUGUUAUAACCCAGUAUCGGAAGAAUAUCAGAGCAUCUGCAAGAUUGGAACUGGGUUCAGUGAUGAAGAUUUGAAGUCUCAAUACGAGCUGCUUAAACCAUUCGUUAUCGAAAAGGCGCCAUCUUACUACGCCUUUGAUGAUUCUUUGAAGCCUGAUGUUUGGUUUGAUGCCAACGUCGUUUUUGAAGUAAAGUGCGCUGACCUGUCUAUAUCACCUCGACAUUGCGCAGCGUUUGGGAUGGUAGAAAGCGAAAAGGGCAUUUCGCUCAGAUUCCCUCGAUUUCUGCGAAUAAGGGAUGACAAGAAUGCUGAAGAUAGCACGACUGCAGAGGAAAUUGUAUCCAUGUACAUGAACCAGGAUCAGAUACGUAACACCAGAACACAAACGGAGGAAGAAGACGAUAUUGAGUAUUAA